UUUAGAGCUUGACCUUGUUUUUCUUCCCAAAUGUUUAGCACUGUGACAUCUGCAGUUUUCACCGUGGGAGACAAUGUUGUUUCUGGAAGCGAUGACCGUACUGUAAAAGUUUGGGACUUGAAAAACAUGAGGUCUCCUAUUGCAACUAUCCGUACAGACUCGGCAGUCAACAGGAUUAACGUAUGUGUUGGCCAAAGAAUCAUUGCCCUUCCGCACGACAACCGCCAGGUUAGACUGUUCGACAUGUCCGGAGUGCGGUUAGCGCGCCUCCCCCGCAGCAACAGACAGGGCCACAGAAGAAUGGUGUGCUGCUCCGCGUGGAGUGAGGACCAUCCAAUAUGCAACCUGUUUACGUGUGGGUUUGAUCGUCAGGCUAUUGGCUGGAACAUCAACAUCCCUGCUUUGUUACAAGAAAAAUGAAAUGCUGGAAGUAUUUUUGCAUUUUAUGUUGCCAUGGACUUUUCCACUUCUGCAGACUUUUUCGAAUACUGGUCUGCUCUGGCUGUAAAAGCUCAUCCUUAAAUGGAGAGUUUAGCAAAUGUUCCUGUUACCACAUUGUGCACAGUUUGCAUGAAUUGUACAGAAAAUGUGAUUUUUUU